AUGGUUAGAGAAGAGAAUGAAGAGGAUAAUGAUUAUGAUUCUAAUUAUUCUAAGUAUAUAGAUAUAGAGGCAUUGUUUGGCGAAAUAAAAACUUCUCUACGAAAAGGAAUGAUACCACUGAAACCAGUGGAUGUCUUCCAUUUGUUAAAAAAGAUUUAUGAGAAUGCUACUAUUCCUUCUACCACCACUACAUCGACUACAAAUGCAAAUUUAACUCCAAUCUAUCCAUUAACAACACAGUCUACUACUCAUAACUCUAUACAAGAAACACGUUCAUAUGUACCUACAAUAUUACCAAAGAAUGCUACUAUUCCUUCUACCACCACUACAUCGACUACAAAUGCAAAUUUAACUCCAAUCUAUCCAUUAACAACACAAAACUAUCAAGAUCAUUAUAAUCAAUCAUCAACAACAACAACUACCAAUUCUUUGCAGAUGUCCAAUAAUAGUAAUAAUACAUCUUUAAAUGAAGAGGAUCAAGAGGAUGAAAGUGAGUCAGGUGAAAGUGAGUCAGAUGAAAAUGAGGAAGAAGAAGGAAGUGGAGUAGAAGAGGAGGGUUGGAUUAGUCCAAAACAAGUCCUAGCACCGAAUGGAAAAUAUUUAAUAAUAAAAUAUGAUGAAGUGGAGACAGAGCAAUCAGGUAGUGAAAAGGAAGUUGAUGAUGAAGAUUUAAGUGUCUUGGAAUCUGAUGAAGGAAUCCAUUCAGGUUCAAGACGUUGGUCGAAUGUGGAACUUACAAUCCUGUUGAAGUAUAUAUUCAGAAGAAUUAAUACUAGAAAAUUGUACCAUGAUUUAGGACUAAAGAAAAGCUCCCGAGCCAUGAGUUUAAAGAAAUCAUAUAUCAAGAGGAGAGUUCAGGAACUUUUUGAAGUGGAUUGGUGA